CAUCGAAGUGUAUUGCAUUGGAUUAUUGACUUUUGACUUGGGUGUUGUCACACGGCCACACCGGAGUAUCGCGUGUCCUUCGUCAGCCUGUCCUGUCAGUCCUUUGUGCAUCUUUGCCUGACCCAGUCGCUGUUGUGAGCGGCCGCGUUUUCGUCUGUCAAACAGAAUGAGAGUCCACGGAUGGAACUUAUUAAAAGUUGGCACAACUGUUUGCUCUCUUCAAUUCUUCGGCACCCGAUUUGUUACCACUAGCAUCGCCGACAAGGGUAGCGCCAAGAUGGCCGACUGGAAGAGCGCUUCGUCUGUGUACGACUUCAGCGUCAAGGACAUCACUGGCGCCGACGUCAGCCUAGACAAGUACAAGGGCCACGUUCUGCUGAUCGUCAACAUCGCCUCGCUGUGCGGGCUGACGGCCACCAACUACAAGGAGCUCGUCGAGCUGGACGAGAAGUACCGCGAGCGCGGGCUGCGCAUCCUCGCCUUCCCCUGCAACCAGUUCAACGGCCAGGAGCCCGGCACGGCCGACGACAUCGUGUGCUUCGCCAAGAAGCAGAACGCCAACUUUGACCUGUUCGAGAAGGUGAACGUCAACGGCGACGACGCCAGCCCCCUCUGGAAGUACCUGAAGAACAAGCAGGGCGGCACCUUCGGAGACUUCAUCAAGUGGAACUUCACCAAGUUCAUCGUCGACAAGGAGGGCCAGCCCGUGGAGCGACACAGCCCCACUACGGAGCCACACAAACUGAUCUCUCACAUUGAGAAGUACCUGUAAAGUGCCCUGGCUCCGGGGAAACUCCACUAUUGUUACUACUGAAGUUUAGGAUGCUUAAUAGUUGUUAGAAAUCACAAGGGAAAGUCACCGAAAACCUGCAACACACAAUUGUGAUAAGACAAACUAGAGGUACUUUGUUUUAAUUUACCCUUGUCAUGAUUUUGUAGCUCUUUUAACAAUGUUAGUCUAAAUUAAUGAAUGAAAUGUGUAGAUUAUUUAAUUUUAAAUGUUUUAGCUUGGUGAAGGAGAUAAAUUUACUUCUCAUUUAUAAAUAGCGGAACUUUGAACUUCACCAGUUCCGUAGCACAAGGAAUCAAACAAACGCAUAUUGUCACAUUCAAUACUCUGCCCUUGUGGUUUUUUCACUCACAUUUUUCAUUGUCAUAAUCGCUGCCAUGAAUAGUGUUUUUACUUUUUUAAUAGAUGAUUUUUGCAGCCGUGUAUUGUUUCUGAAGUGUAAUUCUCAUGUGGCUCAUGGACAAAAAUGAGCCCACCCCGAUCGCUGAGCACAUUUUUGUGUGAAGACUGUGUUGCACAAAGUGCACGUCAAGGCUGUGUAAUGUUCGAAUAAAGGUAUAACGAGAACCCUA